AUGAACAGAAAUGGCCUUGUAUUUGUUCCACGUGAACCACCAAAACGUGUUAUUCUUUAUCCAACUCAGGAUUCAUCCAAUCAACAACAACAACAACAACAACCAAAUGGACUAUAUGCGAGAGCAAAGACAGCUCUUGUAACUAGUAAUCAUAAUGGAACAACCGAACAAUUCAAUAAUAAUACUCACCUUUCACGGCAGCAACAGUUCUCUAGUCCAAUGAAUAACAUAUCAAAAUCCACUGAAAAAUCUGAUAAUGAUAGAACAGGAGUUAAUGCUUCAGGACAACCAAUAUCUUUAAAUGUUGGUCAAAAACUUCAAGUUCCCUACAAUGCAAAUCCAUUUUUUCGUCCUAAAAUUAUUCCAAAUCAACAACCAACAACAGUAAAUACAACUUUACUAUCAUCAACUCGUGAUUCAUCAGCAGUAUCUACAAAUUCUAAUAUUCAAACAAUAAUACCUUCAUCAAAAACAAUAAUAGCAAAUAGAGAAAAAUCAUCUAUUUAUUCUAAAACUCAAAAUCCACUUAUUUUAUCUAAUGAACGAACACAAGAUUCUGAAACAACAAUUAGUACAUCUUCUAUACAAGAUGAUAAUCGUCGUUGGGCUCAAUCUGUUCCAUCAGCAUCUAUUGCACGACGUACUGUUAGCGAUGAACGUCCGAAUGGAACAUUAAAACCAACAGAUAUUAAUAUAAUAAAUCCGAUAAAUAAUGAUACUCUCAAACAGAAAGGUACUUCAGCUACAGAUAUUGUUAUCUCUCUUAUGGAUACAUGGCGUGCACCAAUAAAUUUUGGAAAUACAUCAGCUAUUAAUAUAUUUCCUCGUACUAAUAUUAUAAAAGAUGAUUCAACAAUACCUAGUCAAACAUUAUCUACAGGUGAAAAAAUACCUAAUACACCACCAUUUUUAACUAGUGGUACUUCAUCAACAGCAAGUAAUAAUAAUCAAAAUUGGAAAAAAGCUUUAUUAGCUAAUUUUCAAAAAAAUUCUCGUAAUAUUCCAACAGCUAAAUUAUUUCAUUCUAAACAAACAACAAUACCAUCACAACCAUCAACAACAAUAAUUAAUGAUACAACAAUAAAUCAACAACAACAAAAAUCUGAACGAACAAUAAGUUAUAAUGGAAUUAAUAAUGAACGUACAUUUCAAGCUAGUGAAAAUACACCAAAUAUACAAUCAAUUAUAAGAAAAUCAAGUGAAAAUGUUCGAGUUACACAACAAGAUGAUAACAAUAAUAAUAAUAUCGAACGUUCAACAUCUUUACAGAUUCAAGGAUCUACGUAUUCUAAUCAAAUAACAACAACAAAUAAAACUGAAGAUACAAUCAAACCAAUAGAAAUAUCAAACUCAGAAAAUAUUCCACAUAUGCCUAUAUCGAUUCCAGCAGCAUUAAUUACAAAUAAACCACCAGCUAAUGUUGAACAACAAAGAGCAAUUAUUACAAGAGUUAUGAUACGUCGAGAUUUUGUUAAAACAACGGAAACAAAACCACCUAUACCAACAGCAGCUAAUAUACGUUCAUUUAUUCCUUCAAGAUCAGCUAAACCUGGUGGUCUUCCAACAAAUAAUAUUAUUCAAGUAGCAACUAUAACAGAAAAUAAUACUAUAAUAAAUUCUAAUAUAAAUUCUAAUCGUAUGUAUCCAUUACAACAACAAUCACAGCAGCAACAACAACAACAACAACAACAGCCGCAACGGCAACAAUCACAACCACAACAACAACAACAACAACCACAACAACAGCAACAGCAACAACAACAAUCAAUACCUUUAUCUCAAAAAAGUCUUUUAUCAUUUACAUCAACUAAUCCAACAAUAAAAGAAUCAAUAAAAAUUGAAAAUAAUCAACAACAAUUAAAUGUCAUAACUAAUGAUGGAAUAACUUCAAUAUCCAUAAUGAAAACGCAACAAUCACAAAUAUCUAUAAAUACUGGUCCUGCUUUUCGAUCAAGUAGUUUAUCAGCUGCUAAUGCUGAAUUACGAAGAAAAAAAGAAGAAAUUAAUAAUAAAAUAAAAAAGAGAGCCUUAUUACAACGUCGUCAAGAUUUAUGUAAUUCAGCUAGAAAACGACCAGAAAUAACAGCAACCUUCGAACAAACAAUAACAUUUAUUGAACAAUUAAAACGUAAUCAACAUAAAUCAGUAACAGAUAUAAAUCGUUUACCAAUACAAAUACCUCCAGAGAACAAUAAUGAUAAAAAAACUUUAACACCACAAGAAUUAACUUAUCAACUUAAUUUAAAACUUGAAUAUCUUAUACGAACACGCGUUAUUGAACGACAUCGUGUUAUUACCCGAACAAAUAUUUUACCAAGAACACCAAGUAAAUCAAGAACAACACCAAGAGAAAAUUACAAUCGAACAACACUAUCAGAUAUCAGUCAAUCAAGUCAAAAACUUGUUGUUUCACUAUCGACUACAACAACAAAUACGACAAUAUUGCAAGAUGAUCUUGCUGAUAAAGAGUCAUUUGAAGAAAAUGAUGAGGUUUUUGAGGAGUUGAUCGAAGAAGAAAAUAUUAAUUUUUUACAACAACAACAAACACUGGAUAAAGAUCCAUUUGAAGUAGAAGAUGAAGAAUAUGAAGCCGAACUUGAAGAAGAAUCAGUUCGUAGUUCAGAAAGUGAUGUUGAGGCAGACAGUGCAUUUCCGCUCGAUCCAGCUUUACUUCUCUCCGAUAAAACUCGUAGAGUUGGUAAUACAGAAGUUAAACCUGGUCUCAUACCAAGUUUAUUUAUUAAUGUUCCACCAACUAUUCGAUUUUGUACAGAAAAUCAACGAAUUGAACCACUUCCAUUACCAUUACGAAAAAUGAUGAAAUGGAAAAUGAGUACAAUAACACCAAAUGUUGUUAAAAAUACUAUAACACGUUCUGGUUUUCGUUUAAUUAACAGUGAUGAGGGUAAUGAUUGGCUUGGUACAUGGUCACGUCAUAUGAAACCGAUUUGUUUUAAAGCAAUUCGUGAAUAUCAAAAGGUCAAUCACUUUCCAGGUUCAUUUCAAAUUGGUCGAAAAGAUCGUCUAUGGCGAAAUUUAUCACAUAUGCAAGCUGUACAUUCAAGACGUGAAUUUGAUUUUGUACCACAAACAUUUGUCUUACCAGCUGAUCUCUUAUUAUUUAAACGUGUAUUUGAAGAAAUAACAGAUACUAAAGAAUCAAAAUGGAUUAUUAAACCACCAGCUAGUGCUCGAGGGCAAGGUAUUCGAGUUAUUAGUAAAAUGGAACAUGUACCAAAAAAACGUCCAGUCAUUGUACAAAAAUAUAUUGCUAAUCCAUAUUUAAUUAAUGGACAUAAAUUUGAUUUAAGACUUUAUGUUUAUGUUACAUCACAUGAUCCAUUACGAAUUUAUCUUUUUGAUGAUGGUUUAGCUCGAUUUGCUUCGAGAAAAUAUUCUCCGGCAACUAAAUCCUUAAGUGAUCGUUUUAUGCAUUUGACGAAUUAUUCAAUUAAUCGUUAUAAUAGUGAAUAUAGAACAAAUAAUGAUUCAGGUGCAUGUACUGGGCAUAAAUGGAGUUUAAAAGCAUUGUGGACAUAUUUGAAAAAACGUGAUGUUGAUGUAACAGAUGUUAUGGAAAAAAUUAAAGAUUUAAUUAUUAAAACAAUUAUUAGUGCUGAUGCGUACAUUAAUGUAUUGACAAAAGCUAAUGUUCGACGAAAAUUUAGUGUUCAUGAACUAUUCGGUUUUGAUGUUAUACUUGAUGAACAAUGUAAACCAUAUAUUGUUGAAGUAAAUAUUUCUCCAAGUUUACAUUCAAAUUCACCAUUAGAUAUAAGUAUAAAAGGUGCGAUGAUAAGUGAUUUACUUAAUUUAAGUGGUUUUAUGAUACCAGAUCGAAGAGAUACUUUAUAUGAAGGUUCAGCACGAAGAAAACCAAAAUUACCAAAGAGUCUUAUAUUCGAUCGUCGAGCUCUUCCACAAGCAUUAUCAACAGAUGAAAAACUAAAACAUCAAUAUUUUGCUCAACGUUAUCAUGAUGAACACGCUCGAAGAAAUAUUCUAGAUGUUUUAACACCAGAUGAUAUAAGAAUUCUAAUUGAAACAGAAGAUGAAUAUGCACGACGUGGUUCAUUUGAACGUAUUUUUCCAACAAAUCAAACACGAAAAUACUUAAAAUAUUUUGAAACACCACGUUAUUAUAAUUUACUUGUACAUGAAUGGAUUACAAAAUAUAAUCGAAUGGAAGAACGAGGUAUCGCACAUUUAAAUACAUUUUGUAAAAAAGGAAUUCAUGUACAACAUCCAGCUAUUGAUCCAACUCAUAUGUGGACGCAAUAUCAAAAACUUCAAGGGCAUUUAUCUCAUCGGGAAAAUGACAAUACAAAUACAAAUGGUUCUUAG